CCGCGCUGCGUCUCCUAGUUGCUGCUUCCGUGCGGUGAGCCCUGAAGUCCCGGAGCCGAGCGGGUCUGGGCAAGCGGGUCUUCAAGCUAGGGAGACCACCAGACUUGGAUAGCAGCAGCUUUCAGGGGACGCGGCGCAGUCGAAGCCGCCAUGGGGACGACAGCCCCAGGGCCCAUUCACCUGCUGGAGCUAUGUGACCAGAAGCUCAUGGAGUUUCUCUGCACCAUGGACAAUAAGGACUUGGUGUGGCUUGAGGAGAUCCAGGAGGAGGCCAUGCGCAUGUUCACCAGAGAAUUCAGCAAAGAGCCAGAGCUGAUGCCCAAAACACCUUCUCAGAAGAACCGACGGAAGAAGAGGCGUAUUUCUUAUGUUGAGGAUGAAAACAGGGACCCCAUCAGGAAAAGGUUAUCCCGCAGAAAGUCUCGGAGCAGCCAGCUGAGUUCCCGUCGUCUCCGCCGCAAGGACAGUGUGGAGAAGCUGGCCACACUGGUAGGGGAGAAUGGCUCCGUCCUACGGCGUGUAACCCGUGCUGCGGCUGCAGCGGCCGCGGCCACCUUGACAUUGGCUGCACCUUCGCCCACCCCUGAGUCUCCCACGAUGCUGACCAAGAAGCCCGAGGAUAGCCGUGCCCAGUGCCAGCUGGUGCCCGUGGUGGAGAUUGGCAACAGCGAGCGCCAGAAUGCUGAGCAGCACCUCACCCAGCUCACGUCCGCCCAGCCUCUGCCGCAUGCUCUGCCUCUAACUCCAGCUUCAGCCGCAGCCACAGCUCCAGCCUCCCAGGGCAUCCUGGCAUCAGAUGAGGAAUCAACACCCAAGAAGUCAAAGGCCAGGAUACUGGAGUCUGUCACAGUGAGCUCCCUGAUGGCUACACCCCAGGACCCCAAGGGUCAAGGGGUCGGGACGGGGCGGUCUGUGUCCAAGCUCAGGAUUGCACAGGUCUCCCCUGGCCCACAGGACUUGCCGGGCUCUCCAGACUCUCAGUGGCAGGAGCGGAUACUGGCCCCCAUCCUGCCAGAUAACUUCUCCACGCCUACGGGCUCUGGCGCCAGCUCUCAGCUGGUGCGGCGCAGCCAGAUCGCCCCAUCCUCCCCGGGACCCCAAGUCUCAGCCCAAAAGAACUCUCCGGUGACUAAACAGGAAAGCGUUGUCCGCAGGGCAAGCAGAAGGCUUGCCAAGAAGACUGCCGAAGAGCCGGCUCCCUCUGGCCGCAUCAUCUGUCACAGUUACCUGGAGAGGCUCCUGAAUGUUGAGGUGCCCCAGAAAGUUGGUGCUGAGCAGAAGGAGUCUCCCGAGGAGGCUGAGCCUGUGGUGGCAGCUGAGCCAGAGGUCCCUGAGAACAAUGGGAAUAACUCGUGGCCCCGCGAUGACACCAGAAUUGCCAAUGGUACACCCAACCCGAAGCUUGCAGCCAGCAGCCAGGAAACACCCUCUGCAGGGCAGCAAGAGGCCAAGAUGGACCAAGCAGAUGGACCCAGAGAGCCACCGCAGAGUGCCAGGAGGAAGCGCAGCUACAAGCAGGCGGUCAGUGAGCUCGACGAGGACCAGCACCUGGAGGACGAGGAGCUGCAGCCCCCCAGGAGCAAGACCCCCUCCUCACCCUGCCCGGCCAGCAAGGUGGUACGGCCCCUCCGGACCUUUCUGCACACGGUGCAGAGGAACCAGAUGCUCAUGACCCCAACCUCAGCCCCCCGCAGCGUCAUGAAGUCCUUCAUCAAGCGCAACACCCCCCUGCGCGUGGACCCCAAGUACAGCUUCGUCGAGAAGGAGAGGCAGCGCCUGGAGAACCUUCGGCGGAAGGAGGAGGCUGAGCAGCUGCGUAGGCAGAAGGUGGAGGAGGACAAGCGGCGGCGGCUGGAGGAGGUGAAGCUGAAGCGUGAGGAACGCCUCCGCAAGGUGCUGCAGGCCCGAGAGCGGGUAGAGCAGAUGCAGGAGGAGAAGAAGAAGCAGAUUGAGCAGAAGUUUGCUCAGAUUGACGAGAAGACUGAGAAGGCCAAGGAGGAAAGACUGGCGGAGGAGAAGGCCAAGAAAAAGGCAGCGGCCAAGAAGAUGGAGGAGGUGGAGGCGCGCAGGAAGCAGGAGGAGGAGGCGCGUAGGCUCAGGUGGCUGCAGCAGGUGCGAGCGCAGGAGGAGGAAGAGCGACGGCACCAAGAGCUGCUGCAGAAGAAGAAGGAAGAGGAGCUGGAGCGGCUACGGAAGGCAGCCGAGGCUAAGCGGCUGGCAGAGCAGCGUGAGCAGGAGCGGCGGGAGCGGGAGCGGCGGGAGCAGGAGCAGCGGGAGCAGGAGCGGCAGCUGGCGGAGCAGGAGCGGCGGCGGGAACAGGAGCGGCUCCAGGCCGAGAGGGAGCAGCAGGAGCGGGAGAAGGCCCUGCGGUUGCAGAAGGAGCGACAGCAGAGGGAACUGGAGGAGAAGAAGAAGAAGGAAGAGCAGCAGCGUCUGGCUGAGCGGCAGCUGCAGGAGGAGCAAGAGAAGAAAGCCAAGGAGGCAGCCGGGGCCAGCAAGGUCUUAAACGUCACUGUGGACGUGCAGUCUCCAGCUUGUACCUCAUAUCAGAUGACUCCGCAAGGGCACAGGGCCCCCCCCAAGAUCAACCCAGAUAACUACGGGAUGGAUCUGAAUAGCGACGACUCCACCGAUGAUGAGGCCCAUCCCCGGAAACCCAUCCCCACCUGGGCCCGAGGCACCCCGCUCAGCCAGGCCAUCAUUAACCAGUACUACCACCCGCCGAACCUUCUGGAGCUCUUUGGAGCCAUUCUCCCGCUGGACUUGGAGGAUAUCUUCAAGAAGAGCAAGCCCCGCUAUCAUAAGCGCACCAGCUCCGCCGUCUGGAACUCACCACCCCUGCAGGGUGCCAGGGUCCCCAGCAGCCUGGCCUACAGCCUGAAGAAGUACUGAGUCUGUCCUGUGUCCUUCUUGGCAACCUCACCUCCUGUCUGUGUCUCUCUGUCUGUCUCUGUCUUGGUCUGGUGCCCUCCUUGGCAUGUCAUCAUGGAGGGCUUGGCCGGGUGUAUAUAAAUGUCCUCUCUGCUGGGUGUUUCUGCUGCAGGUGGCAGGUGGCCCCAGGCCUGUUUGGAGGAUGGGCUGGGUGGGUGGUUAGGGGAGAACCGGGCCCAGCCCCACGUGGCUCACAGACAGUGCUCUGUAAAUAGUUGUUAUAAUUUAGCUGAAUGUUAGCAUUUUAGUCUCUGGCAUUUUACUGUUUGGGAGGUAGAUUAAUAAAGUAUAUUCCUUCAA